UUGUCAUCGUCGAUUGGAUAAUGAUGAAGCGUGCGCACCACAGCAAUAAAAUUGAUGCGUAUUUUCAUUGGCAUAUAUGAUUUAACGUGGAAUUUGGUGCACGGCAACUCGCGGACCACGCGUAUGAAAGAUUAGGAUUGCAAAAAUGUGAAUAAUCGAUGGAUGAAUUUGAAAAGAAAGUAUUGACGUGAGCGCGCUAGAAAGCAAGCAGUAGGUAUAGUAAGCACCUAUUGUAAAUCCGGGGGUUUACGAGUAGAGAUGACUUGAAUUUUGAACCGAAACUCGUAGUCCAUGUUAAUUAUUUUAAGACCGUUUCAAGUAAUGUUUUGGGAUGCUAAUGCGGCUUUCUGAUUGGUUCAUGACGUGUUGAUACAUAAAGUAUCACAAUUACGAAUAUACCACCACCACCACCAGCAGCAGUGGGACCGAUGUUUCGAGAACGUUUCGUAAAUAUGCGCGCAUUCGAGGCUCGAGAAAGAUGGCAGGACAGUCAUUGUUGGAUCUAGACUUGACUCAAGCGUACUCUAGGAAGCAUCCGCUAGGUGCGUGAGUCGACUGUCGAGUCGAAUCGCUCUGUUCCGUGUAUCCGUGGUCAAGCGUGGCGUGACGGAAGCGGAACUCGGAAGAGUGAGGAAAGGAGGGAUCGACGUAACGGAGUGACGAACGAAUGUGUUUAGAAUAUUUAGAUCGUACGAGAUAAUUUCGGACGCGAAAAGAGAAUUUAGCCAGGGUAAGCGUUGUUUGCGAAUGGGAUAAGGAACAUGAGCUCGCGGGAACGAUCAGCUCGAUCGGCAAGUACGCGCAAGCGCCAAUACGCCACGUUCUAAUUGCCUCAUUAUCAUUCGUACCCUACUCUACAACGUAACCGUCGCCAUAAUUAAUAUUUUAACGGUUGAAAUAUAUUAACAUCAGCAGCGUAGAGAAUCGCGUGUAUCCUCUCGAUCGAAAGAUCGAUCCGAGGGAUUUAGGCGACGGCAAGCGACGCUGGAUGUGGAGUAGGUACGUGGUAUGUAAUGACGAGUGCGUUGAAGCGCGCGUCGUCAUUGUCAUUGUCGUCCAAUCGAAGCGGCGGCGGCGGCGGCGGCGGCGGCGUCGUCGCGCGUGUAGAGCCUGAGCCUGUCCGUUCCGUCCAACAACUUUCCGGACGAGUGAUGCUCGGUGGCAUCGUUCACUCGUAACAUGCUCUCCGGCUGGCGACUCCGAACUCACACUCCGAGUCGUUUACUGAUGGCGUCAGGCGGCUAUAUGUACCGUUAGUUUGACUCUAUUCCCGUUGGUCGGCUCGAGCGACAUCCGUGCUCACCGCUCACGUACCUACCUACCGACCGAGGAGGGCUGAGCCAUAUUCGAUCGCGGUUGGUCGUCGUAAACCCGGAAACGAAGCGUGUGCGCGUCUCCGUUCAGCGAGAGCGCCGAGAGCUCGUUGUGCGUUAGAGAGAGAGAGAGAGAGUAGUAGUAGUAGUAGUAGUAGAGUGUGCGAGUGCGAAUUUAUCGCGGAGUCACUCUCGAGCUCUCCUCGAACUUCCGUUAGAGACGUGCGCGCGUCCAUCCUGACGUCUCUCUACGCAUAUGUAUGACGUGUGCAACGCAGCGACAGCCGCGGCGAUACGUCGGUCGGCGUGUUCACGUUGAAAUGAGAAAGUUGUUGCCGCUGCGCUGAGGAUUGGGAACGACGACGCACGCGAACCAGCCAGACGGACAAUUCCCGUACUAAGCGGACGUACGAAGACCGAAGGCAGCGACAGUAACAGCGGUACAUUGAGCCGAGUGUGCACGGAGAGUCGUUUGGUCGUUGGUCGUCUACCUGCCUGUACUUACGAUUUACAGGUGUAAUCGUCGAAAAUUCGAAAAAUGAAUUUCACGCCUUUCCCUGGAUUUACUGGCUCGUUGCCGACCGGCACUGUUCAUCAAUUCGCCACAGCGAAAUUCGCGCAGAAUCUUACCACUGGAGGACAGGUGGUCGGAGUUUUAUCCGGUGGUGAAGGUGGAGUUCAUUAUUUGAGACCAGUCGAUCCAAAUGGCUUUGCUGUGGCUCAGAGCGGUAAUAGUCAACAACAACAAAUUAUUACUUUGCCUAUCACUGUUCCGGGAAAGGAUGGUACGCAGCAACAGCAGACUGUCCAAAUACAAGUGGUCAAUCCUAGCGUGUCUCAAAGCGGAAAUAGCGGCGAUCAGCCAAAGUAUCACUUGGCACCGAUAUCCCUGAGUCAGUUUCCACAGGGAGCAGCUACCGUUCUCACUGUUGCCUACAGUCAGCAAGGCGCGGAUGGUGUUCAAAUUCAAGUACAACCGCAAAACACCGUAGCGACUACGCAAACGUCUGAUCAAACGACACAAAGUACGUCUACCGCUGUGACCACUACUUCUCAACAGACUAUUCAACAGACGGUACAACUUCCGGGAGCACCCGAAGGUUUGACUGUAGUUGCCCAGAUUCCUCAAGACUUGAUUCUACGAGAGAGCAUAGAGGAGUCCAAGGAGGAUGUUAAGGAGGGUACGACACCCGUGGCUCUUAUUAAACGAGGCAGUGUCAAGAGUCAAGGUAAUCAGAGUGGAGAAGAAUUCAUUACUUCUAUGCCUGCUAGUUGGCAGAGUCUCGCUACUCCAGGAUCCACGGUCGCAGAUUAUCUCUCCAGACUGCCAACAAGUACUUUGCCUCUUAGUUUGCAACAUUUUCUCAAGUUUUCGGCGGAAACUAUUAAAAGGGAAGCUACCAUUGAAUCCAGUCCGCUCGGACCGGAUGGUCUCGACGCUUCCGGAAGUACAGCGUCGGGAGAGCAAGCUGUGCAGAUUACAGUCGCCGGAGGAGAAACGGCCAUCAUUCCCGACGUUGUCGAAGAACAGGAGCCAGGAGCGAAACCGAAGCGGAAAAAAAAAUACAAAAAGAAACCACCGAAACCGAAGAAACCAAAGCCAGGACAAGUGAGCAUAGUCACUGCUCUCGAUGGCACGACCCUAUUUUGCUGCCCUCAAUGUAAUAUGGCGUAUCCGGAGAAGGAAAGUUUGGAACAGCAUUUGAUUGGACAUAAAAUAGAGAGGAGAUUUAUAUGCGACAUUUGCGGCGCUGGUCUUAAACGAAAGGAACAUUUGGAGCGGCACAAAUUAGGCCAUAAUCCUGAUAGGCCUUUCAUUUGUUCCGUUUGCAUGAAGGGCUUUAAACGAAAAGAGCACUUGAAUCUUCAUUUUGUUAUACAUUCUGGGCAAAAGACCGAAGUUUGCACCGAAUGCGGCAAAGCAUUCUAUCGGAAAGACCACCUUAGAAAGCACGCGAGAUCUCACCUUACUAAGCGUGCCAAGGAGGAUCCAUUGAAUACGACGAACGAUACGACGCAGAAUCAACAACAGGCGGACCAACAACAAGUGGAACAAAUACAACAACAGUCGUCGGUGCCCGAAUUGCAGCAAAUUCAGAUUCAAGUAGGACAAGGAUCCCAAGCGCAGAUUCAUCAGAUAUCGGUUAAUGAACAGUCUACCGUAGUUUUGCCUACAGCGGCUGAAACUGGAGCUAUGACGAUGCUUCAGCCACAACAGCAGCAGCAGCAGCAGCAGCAGCAACAGCAUUAGCAACAGCAUACCGCCCCAAAUCAACUUGGGCGGUUCUUUCGUUUCAAUCAUCAGCACGCUAGAUGUCGUACACGACAUAGCGUACUCGCUGAUUGAGUUUUGCAAAUUCGAUAGGAAAAUUCAUAUUAUCGGACGAAAGUUUCGUUGGCUAGUUGAUUACUGAUUACUUCAUUGUAGUCUCUUUCAAAGGCAUUUGAAACACCUCCAUUUCUUUAAGAUGUACGUCCUUGGUCCAUCGACACAAAGCCAGUUUGUUAGGAUUGAAAUGUUCGCGCCAUCGGUUUGAAUCACCUUUAAUCACGGCACAAGCUCGUGUUUAUAAUAAUUAUUAUCUUGUAAAACGUGUCGAGCUGAAGUGACAAAAUGCGUAUACACGAAUUCCUCUUUUACGUACACGUUGUAGCGUACGUGAAAAGAAGCGACGAAGUUGCCGCUCGCCUCAAAUAAGAUUGUUUUUGUCGCUAAUCCAGUUCCAUGACGCAAGUUAGAAAUAAAUAUGAAGUUUAUAUAUAUAUAUAUAUAUAUAGAUACACACACGCGCACACAAAC